GAUGACGCGUGCGCAGUCUGGCUACAUUGAAUCGAAUUUUCAGCUGCGAGUAGUUGCACGACAUUAUCGAUAGAGCAAAUUUUCCUUUUCAGCGCAGGAAUGUGUCACAGUUACUGAGCCACCCGAUUUUCAGAGGCUGAGUUUCAUUCUCGAGAGCACUGAACAGCAGCUGGGCCAUUCUGGAAAUUGAAUUUUUAGGACCAGCGUCCAUUCGCCAGACCUACUUACCUGCGGCAAAAUGGGCGACGAAAACACGGAAAGGCCGUCGUCCGCCACACCGCACGGUUUAUCAGAAGUCAUUAACCACAUGUCCAUCCACAAGAUCGAAAGCUUGCUGUGGUUCACGCGUAUGUGUUCCGUGCUGUUCACACUCCUGUACAUCAUUCCACUGCUCGAUGCCAACCCAUACACCUGCUACCAGCGGGCGUUGAUAAGCAGUGCUGCCACAAGUGCGCUGCGGUUACACCAGCGGAUGCCCAGCAUUCAGCUCUCGCGAAUGUUCUUGAGCCAGCUCUUGAUUGAGGACAGCUGCCACUACCUCUUCUACUCGCUCAUCUUCUUGUUUGCCCAGCCCAUGACACUGGUGCUGCUGCCUGUGUUUCUCUUCUCUCUGCUCCACUCCGCAAGCUUUUCACUGACUUUGCUGGAUAAGUUUGGUGGCCGCUCUGGCCUUCUUGGUACCUGGUUGGUGAACCUGCUGGACCACCAAGGCAGAAACAUCCUUCGGCUUGUGGCAUUCACUGAAAUCUUCCUCAUGCCGCUGACAGUGUUCAGCGUUCUGUCUGGACGGAGCAGCUUGCUGACUCCCUUUGUUUACUACCGCUUCCUGAGUCUGCGUUAUUCCUCUCGUCGCAAUCCCUACACAAGGACCGUCUUUCACGAGCUACGUCUGGUGACGGAGCACUACGCGUCAAAACCAGGCUGCCCGAUGUUCCUGAGGAACCUGCUCUACAAGACGAUAAAUGUGCUGUCCCAGCUGGCACCUCCGGUCCCCCAGUAGGAAGGCACUGCUCUGCCAGUCUGGCUGACGCCACCACUGGACCACGAAACAAAAAGUUGUGCAGGGGGGAGGGGGGCCCUUGAGGAAGGCCAUGCCCUGUGCAGCAAGCAGCAGAGAACUGUGUGUGUGCAGUCUGGGUUGGGGGGAUCAUGCAACUUUCGUGGGCCUUUUCCCACCGUUUCUUUAUUUCAUCUUGUGCACACCGUAGUCUUCAGCAGAGCUGCAGUGAGAGAAUAAAAAAAUCAGUGGUGUCAACUUCCCAGACAUGCUCAUGCAUGCAACUGCAGUUGUGCACGGUGGGUUGAGCUUGUUUCUUUGCUUGAAGGUACGGGGCGCCUCAAGUGUGUUUGUCAAUUGUUUUUCGUGUGUCUGUUUGUUUCAUUUGUUUGUUAAGAGAUCUAGCUGUCGUAAUCCCGGUAGAUGUCAUUCCGGUAUGACUUGCUGCGUUUGUGAUGAUAAUUAAGAGGCAGAGUUAAAAAGAAAAACAUUAAAUCGUUCCUCUGCCACCUAUUGAAUGAUAAAUGGUGUUGGUGGUAAGGUUCAGUAGUGUGUCAAGACUAAUGAACGGAUGCAGCUAGUCGAGCAAAUGCGCAAAGUCGUUGCAGGCUGCCAAAAUAACAUCCAUGACUGAUACAACAGAGCAGGAAAUGCUCCGACUGUCGUUAUCUUUGAAGACCCAAGAACCAUGUGUUAAAGAGUGUAAGAGACUAGCAUAUGACAUGAUUGUUGACUUCAUCGGAGCACUUUUGCCAAUAAACUUGCGAUUGUGUGUAGAAAUAA